AUGCAGUCGCUUGUGGCUGGCAUUCACGAAUUUCUGGAGAGGGCCAACCAACUUGCAUUGAGCUCGUGUGGCUCAUGCUAUGGACCUGGCCGUGAUCGACAGCCUUUGGAUUCAGUUUUGGUGAGUUUGUUUGACGUGAGCCCGCUGGGCGAUGCCGAUCCGGAGGCCAUUCGAGGUACCCAGCGGGGAGCCAGAUUUUUGCAUGAAGGGCGGAUUGAAGAAGCAAUCCGCGAGUUUCAUAGCGUCUGCAACCGGGUGCCCAGGAAUGCUGUUGCGCGUACCAACUUGGGCAGCGCCUAUUUUGAGCGUGGCGAUGAGGAUGCAGCCUUGCAUUGGUUUCGGGACGCCUAUCGCCUGGACAAUCGCAGCUGCCGCAUCCUCCGUGGGGUGGCCGUGUUGGAGCAGCGCUGCGGCAACUAUACGGAGGCGCUGUGGUUGCUCAGGAACUACCUGCAAGAAGUUGAUGAGUUCAACAUGCAGGUGUUGCACCAGCUGGCCAUGCUGUACCGCGAUCGUCAGCAGUGGACUCAGGCGGGCACCUGCUUUCGGCGCUUGCUCAAGGCAGAUCCCACCAACCGGGAGAUUGCCAAAGAACUUCAAGUUUGUUUGGAUCGUUCUGCCGCCAGCGGUGGAGAUGUGAUCGAGUACCGCAGCCAUGGCUACAAUGAUGAGAGGUCUGCAGAAAUCAUUUUUGGCGGCCAAUCCCAUACGCUCUGUGAUGAGAGGUUGCCGCCAAGUCGACGCCGGGGCGAUGGCGAAGAGGUCCGGCCCUGGGAGAUGCGUCGCGGGACUUCCGCGGACCGCCGCUCCGGCUCUGUAGAUCGUCGCUUACCAUCUGCCGAACGCCUUGCACCAAGUCACUGUUGA